AUGGCGCCAGCAGUAAAGAUGGCGGGAUCCAGCCCAGAGAGGGACUCGGUGGAUUCUGACUCUGGGAUGAGGGUCCUGGGAGCUGUCCAAAUCAACAUCGGGAUCCUUGUUUUUGUGCUCGGGGUUGUUGACCUCAUCCUGACCAUGACGUCAUAUGACCGUGACCUGAAAAGUUACGGCUGGCACUACCAUACUGUGGUCACCUUGACGACCUUGUCGUCUCCGCUGUGGAGUGGGUUGUGGUUUUCUAUUACAGGCGCCCUGGCCGCUUGUUUUUCCUACGGCAGACCCACAACGGUUCUCUACAGCAAAAUGGCGCUGGUGGUAACCAGCCUCUUGUGUUGUGCCCUGUUUGGUCCUGCCUGUGCCGUCAUCAAUGGCUUCAUAUCCUACACACGCCACAACCUGGCCAAGGGAGACUACCAGUGGCUGAUCUCCCUCAUCGUCUGCUUCCUGGCCGUCCUUGAGGUUGUCAUGGCAACAGUCACAUCGUCGGUCACGUGCUGUUGCUCUACGUUUAGCUCUACACAGUUAAUAUAG